AAUUAAUUGAGAUUUAAAAUGAACCUACCCAAUAGGUUUACGUUUAUCUCCUUUCAAAUGAAUGAAGAUCCCUAAAAAUAGUUGCUGAAGUGCCUCAUUGUUAUCAAACAAUAGUUAUGUGUUCAACAAGUACCUUAGACGAUGAGUCUAUCGCCGAGAGAUUUAAAAGGGAGUACACCGAACAAUUCCAUAUUCUAGUACGGAUGCAUCUUUCUUUCGUAUUAGAUUUAAACACAGAUAGCAGUGAUUGUUUCUCGGAAAAAGGUAAAUUUAAAAAAUGGAAUCUUGUACCAUUCGGAAAGAAAUCAAAGGCUCGUGGUAUUAUGGAGGGUGCUCCUUUAACUCAAGAAGGAAUAUGUCAAGUCUAUCAGUUAAUAGAAUUUUUGAAAAAGGAACAAAAUAUAAAAAGUGAAGGAAUAUUUAGGAAAACGGGGUCUUUAGAGAGACAACAGGAGUUAAAAAAUUUGUUAAGUCAAGGUAUUACAGUUCAGUUAGAAGGAGGGGCAUACAGUGUACAUGAUUGUGCGUCCGUUCUUAAAAGUUUUUUAGCUGAUUUAUCCGAUCCCUUGUUGACCGAAGCUCAUUUUCCUGCAUACUGCCAAAUUGCAGAAUCUUGCGGUAUUAUUCGCCAGUCAACUCAGGAAAGCAAAUUGUUAGAGGCAUUACAACUUUUGUUAUUGCUCCUACCCAUGGAAAACAAGGUUUUGUUGAAAGAUAUUUUAGAUUUACUGCAUCUAACGACAUCGUUUGAAUCACAAAACAGAAUGUCCGCCGAUAAUUUAGCAAAGUUAUUCGCACCUCAUUUAUUAUGCCCUAGAAAGUUAUCUCCUGAAAGUUUGCUAAAAGAUUCACAGACCUUAUUCGGAAUAGUCAGUUUCAUGAUAAAAAAGGCACCGGAGUUGUUCAAGAUCCCCGCAAAACUUAUCGUCGAAUUCAGGGCAAGAUACGAGAAGAAGAAAAUCCUCUCGCCCACUAAAAGACUGAACGAAUCUAUGACGGACGCAGCUAGCACGGUUUUUACGUUCGUAGAUCACGAGAGAACUGCCAAAGAGAACGAGUCGAACCCAACAGAGACGGCUUUAGCCCAGUUGUACGCGCACAUCCAAAGCCUACCUGAAUCCUCCAAAAAAAGGAAACUAGUCAAACAGUUUAACAAAGAAAACGGGCAUGGUACGCCUUUGCAAGUUAUUCGUAGCGGUGUUUCUAAAAAUAAGAGCUUCGGCGAUUCGAUAAAAAGGCACAUUUUCCAAAAGGCGUUGGCUAGGAAGAAAGGAGUGGCGCUGCUUCGGUCUUCCAGCGACGAAAUUUUAAGUACUCCUCAGCAUUCACCGUCUAUCGUAACAAGGGCUCGACUGUUUUGCCACAACUGCGACUCGAGUACAGACGUAAGUACAGAAAACGGUGAGAAAAUUAAAAAUACGAAUUCCGAAUCGAAUUCGGAAAUUGUCUCUGUGGAAAAUACUUCCAAGGAUUCGAAAAGGAGCAGGUCUGAACCCGAUUUGAGUUGCGAGGAGGACAAUCGGUCACGUAAGGUGUAUUUAACUAGUACCCCGGCAUGUUUGCCCUUACGGGCACGUCCGGAUAUCAUUUUCACCCCGGAAGAGCGAGAACGUAGGUCCAUGUCGCCUAUUACUAGGUCGACGCAGCGCAUGACCAGGGCUAUGCAGGAGACUAUGAUGACCCCGAGAAGUCGUAAACCCGUUUUAGUCCUUUCCGGAACGAACAUCAAUACGUUGCACAAAGCGGGACAAUCGAACUGCGUCAUGGAUAAAAUGGAAGAACUAACGGAAAAUUCCAUUGAGGAGAGCAGUUUCGAGCGGGUGCCAAAUUUUAAAAAAUCGAAAAGCGAAAGUGAUAUAUACGAUUCGAGAAUGUCGAAAAUACCAAAGAUGAGCAAGUCCGAUGCGUCCUCUUCGUCGAUUUCUGAUACUUUUAGGGAAUAUUUAUGUAGUAGAGAGAUGGAGACUCUGUCCUCGCCUGUGGAUUCGAGUUUUUCGAGCAGAACUGAUGAUUUUAAUUCAACCGAUUUUAAUAAUUUAAGUAACAGCAAACUGACCGACUCUUUACUUUAUUGUUUAAAUGGAAACGAUCCUGACGAUAUCGACGCGAUGGACAAGAAUUCGGAGCAAGAGAAAGAGUUAAUUCUGAAACCGAAACAGUUCGACGAGAACGGGAAACCUAUUAUGUUCGAAACGUCCUUUUGACGUUCAUUUUUAGGUUUACUUGAAUUUAGAUAUAUUGUUACAUAUUUUUA